AUGGAAUCUUUUUCAACUGACUUUUUAGAUAUUGCUUUAGAAUCAAAAGCUUUAAUCUUUGGUGAAUAUACCUUGAAAUCAGGUAGAAAAUCUCCAUAUUUCUUCAAUAUGGGAUUAUUCAACAAAGGGAAACUUGUUUCAGCUUUAGCUACUUCUUAUGCUAAAGCUAUUAUUAAAUCAGGUAUUAAAUUUGAUGUAUUAUUUGGACCUGCUUAUAAAGGUAUUCCUUUAGCUGCUAUUACUGUUGCUAAAUUAGCCGAAUUAGAUCCUGAAACUUAUAAUGAUCUUGAAUACGCUUUUAAUAGAAAAGAAAAGAAAGAUCAUGGAGAAGGUGGAUCAUUUGUUGGUGCUACUAUUGAAGGUAAAAAAGUUUUAAUCAUUGAUGAUGUAGUUACUGCCGGUACUGCUAUUACUGAAUCAAUUGAAAUGAUCAAAGGGGCUAAAGGUGAAGUUGUUGGAUGUAUUUUAGCUUUAGAUAGACAAGAAACUGCUACUGGAUCUGAACUUUCAACUACUCAAAAUAUUGCUAAAAACAACAAUAUUCCAGUUAUUUCAAUUUCUUGUUUGAAUGAUAUUAUCAGUCACUUGGGUAAGAAAUUAAGUCCAGAACAAUUAGAAAACAUUGAAAACUAUAGAAAACAAUAUAGUCCAAAGGUUUAA